UUGGUAACAAUGGGGAAGAUAAUGGCUGAUUGAGCUACGUCUCCGAGCUGGCGCUGUUCUAGAGGCGGGUCUCUUGCCCGGGUUUAGAGGCGCGUUAGAACGCGGCGGCGGCGGCAGCACAGCAGCUCAGCGGAGGUCCCAGUGGCGGCAGUGGAGUCCAGUUGAGUACCCUCCUGGCCGAAACACCGUAGCUGAGUGAAGAAGAUUAAAAUCCAGAUUAUUGGAUUUCAAUACUAUGUCCUAAAAGACAGAUAAUUUUCCACUUGUUCAUCAAGAUGGAGAACUCAGAUUCUAACGAUAAAGGAAGUGACCAGUCUGCAGCUCAGCGCAGAAGUCAAAUGGAUCGCUUGGAUCGGGAAGAGGCUUUUUAUCAAUUUGUAAAUAAUCUCAGUGAAGAAGAUUAUAGACUUAUGAGAGACAACAAUUUGCUGGGCACCCCAGGUGAAAGUACUGAGGAAGAGUUGCUCAGAAGACUACAACAAAUUAAAGAGGGUCCACCACCACAGAGCCCCGAUGAAAAUAGAGGAGCUGGAGAGUCUUCAGAUGAUGUGACCAACAGUGAUUCUAUAAUAGAUUGGCUUAACUCAGUCAGACAGACCGGAAAUACAACAAGAAGUGGUCAGAGAGGAAACCAGUCCUGGAGAGCAGUGAGCCGGACUAAUCCAAACAGUGGUGAUUUCAGAUUCAGUUUAGAGAUAAAUGUUAACCGUAAUAAUGGAAGCCAAACUUCAGAGAAUNAAAAUGAACCAUCCACUAGGCGUCUUAGUGUAGAAAACAUGGAAAGCAGCAGCCAAAGGCAAAUGGAAAAUUCUGCAUCUGAAUCAACAUCUAAAGAGACCUUGAAAGGUCAGUCNUGA